CUCGCGGGACAACCGUCGGCGUCGCGGUCUCCGGCGGGGGCGGAAGAGCUCGGCCGGCGGCUCGAGUGGGGUCGGCGGGGCCGGGGCCGCCCGCAGCACCAUGGCGACCACCGUCAGCACGCAGCGCGGGCCGGUGUACCUGGGCGAGCUCCCACAGGACUUCCUCCGCAUCACGCCCACCCAGCAGCAGCAGCAGAUCCAGCUGGACGCCCAGGCCGCCCAGCAGCUGCAGUACGGCGGGGCCCUGGGCACCGUGGGCCGCCUCAGCAUCACCGUGGUGCAGGCAAAGUUGGCGAAGAACUACGGGAUGACCCGCAUGGACCCGUACUGCCGCGUGCGCCUGGGCUACGCCGUCUACGAGACACCCACGGCCCACAAUGGCGCCAAGAACCCUCGCUGGAACAAGGUCAUUCAGUGCACCGUGCCCCCGGGCGUGGACUCCUUCUACCUGGAGAUCUUCGACGAGCGCGCCUUCUCCAUGGAUGACCGGAUUGCCUGGACCCACAUCACCAUCCCUGAGUCCCUGAAGCAGGGGAAAGUGGAGGACGAGUGGUACAGCCUCAGCGGGCGGCAGGGCGACGACAAGGAGGGCAUGAUCAACCUGGUGCUGUCCUACACGUCGCUGCCUGCUGCCAUGGUGAUGCCUCCCCAGCCCGUGGUCCUGAUGCCCACCGUGUACCAGCAAGGCGUGGGGUACGUCCCCAUCACAGGCAUGCCUGCCGUGUGCAGCCCUGGCGUGGUGCCUGUGGCUGUGGCCCCGCCGGCCGCCCAGCCCCGCUGCAGCGGAGAGGACCUGAAGGCCAUCCAGGACAUGUUCCCCAAUAUGGACAAGGAGGUGAUCCGCUCCGUGCUGGAGGCCCAGAGGGGGGACAAGGAUGCCGCCAUCAACUCGCUGCUGCAGAUGGGCGAGGAGUCCUAGGCUGCCUGCCAGCCCCCCGCGCUGUCCUCGUCGCCUCCUGCUCUUUGGACUCGCCAACCCAGGGCUCCCUCAGGGACAAUGUCCUGAGGGUUCCUGUGAAGGAGUCCCCCUGUGUAACCCGCCACCCCCCUUGGUGUUUUAGGGUCCCCGUGCACACCUGUGUACCCCCUUGGGUGUUUCAGGGUCCCCUGCACACCUGUGUACCCCCUUGGUGUUUCAGGGUCCCCAUGCACACCUGUGUCCCCCCUUGAGUGUUUUAGGGUCCCCUGCACACCUGUGUUAAACCCCCUUGGGUGUUUCAGGGUCCCCAUGCACACUUCUGUUAAACCCCCUUAGGCAUUUAUAGGGUCCCCUGCACACCUUUGUAACCGCCUCGGGUGUUUGUUGAGUCCCUGCACACUUGCGUAACCCCCUUAGGUGUUUGUUGAGUCUCUGCACACACCUGUCUUUUUCAAAUGCAUGUGGGUUCCCGUUCCCAGCAGCCAUCCUUGAUCGCCGGUCCUGGUGGAGGGCAGGGGCAGGCUUUGCAUCCUUUUCCUUCUUUCGGGACAUGAUGAGACCUGGGGGGCCCUUGGAGACGUGCGUCGUCCGGUGCCGUGUGCCGUUCCUUCUCCCCCGGUCCCUCGGUGCCUCCUGCGGAAGCAGCCUGCGUCUGCUGGGCGUGGGCCUGACUGCACAGCCUGGUGCUGCUAUGGGUGGCGACUGGUUCCUUAACUGGGUAGAUCUGUUCCUUCACGGCACCCAGGACCUGUGGGCGGUUGACGGGGGUAUUUUUAGAACCAUCCAGCGGCUCACUCGUGCCCUUCCCUUAACUUCCUGUGAUUGUGAACCUGGGCUUCACGCCAGCGUCGUCUUGCCCUCGGUGAGCGGAGCAGGUCGUUGCUUUGCAGUGCCCUUGCCGUGUUUCCUGUCGGUGGCCAGCGGGUUUGCCCUCGUGCCUGGCCUCUCCCUUCCUGGUCUGGCCUCGGACUUCAGCGUGAGCGCAGAGCAGAUCCCAUCCUGUUAGGAGCGAGGCCUGGGGUCCGCAGGGCGUCUCAAAUCCGGGCGGCCCCAGCUGGUGGGGGGAUCGCUGUUUCUCGUGCACUUGGGGAGGUGUUAACCCGAGGGGCGGUUUCAGCCCCAUCGAUAGACUCUUGGGACAGAACCUAAAGUUAGGGGUAAAAAAUGGUAGAUACAGUGUUUUGUAUUUGUUUAUUAAGGGUAUUUAGGAACCACUGGCUUACUACUGAUGUAACUCAAGGACACUUGUGCACUAGUACUGUAAAUUCCGUUUGGGUGAUAGAAAUAGAAAUCCGAUCAACAUUAGCAUUUGUAAGAUCUUUCCAAGAAGCCUGAGGCUGCGUGUGCUCUUCGCCACUUGGCCGCCACGUGUGGCGUUGCAGACUGCAAGCUUCAAUUUAGGGACCGACCAGGUCUCUAGUUGUGAAAAUCAGAAAAUUGAGAAGUCUCUCUCUCAACAGUGAUGCACUUUAAAUAAUACGCAUACCAUUGAAAACCUAAUAUGCAUUGCUGCAUGCUUGUGGUGUGUCCGGUUCUGCAUUAAGCUGCAGUAACUUUGUUUCCUUCCGUGUGUUUGCACCCAGCCUUUUGGUACAAAACUUCACCGUGGACAAAAACAGAAAUCCCCAACAGCCUGGACUUGUAUGGAAGAUUUAGAGUGAGGAACUUAGUACUUAAAUUUCAGUCUUUUUCCCUCUCUAAAAAUACAAGUUUUAAUGUCAGCUGGAAAACGCUGCAUUCUGCCACCUUUUGGGGUUUUCUUUUCUUUCCUUUUUUUUGGUCAAGUCAGAAAGGUAUUUAUUUUUGUAAACCUGGGGAAACAAGUGAUGGUUUUGGUGGUGAGCGGAUGGUACCAUUUUAAUAUUGUACCGAGUGCUUUUCUUUAGUUGUGGGUUUUAAAGGUUUUAUGUCAUGGAGGAGUCAUUGACAUCUGUUAAGUACGAUUCAAACAGUGACUUUGAACAGUCAGCUUCUCUUUCCUGUAGAUCACUCAUUCUCCAUUCCAGACUGCUUGAUACUGUGCCCGUGCAGCAGAUUUCUUCUAAAAUGGGAGAGAAAAUGUUAAGUAAGAUGGUAACGUUUUAGAUUCUUUGCUUAGUGACAUUAGCAAGCUCGGGACAGGAAAACCACCGGAGCUCGCAGCCUCGAGGCCUCCCCGGGGAGGUGGGGGUGGGGGCGUGGCGUGCUGGGGGCUUCCUUCCCCCUCUGCAGGGCCCAGCUGGGCAGUGGUGACCCAGCCAGGCGGCCAGGGCGCUGUCAGACGGGGAGGGGUCGUCUUAGGAUUCUGAACUGACGGUGACCUCUUAUUUUCCUUUUUCAUGAACACUUUAUUUUUUUAUAGAGCAAAGAAAGAGCACGUUUCGUAUGGCCUUUGGUUAAGGUUCUUUUCAUCGUCGUGUGCUCUGUUUCGUGUUUGGAUUAUCCCAUAAGCAGUGUGUUUGUUCAUCCGUUUGAAGCUGUGUUCAUCAGAAUCCUCCCUGGCGGGGGUGCUGCUCGCACGCUCCUCUGCCCUCACCUGCGUCCUGGCUAGGGUCGGAUUAUUUCCCCCUGAAAGGCUCGUCACGCUCCUGAGGAGAGGCUUGGCACCCAGCCUGAGGCAGGGAGGCCACAGCCGGGGGGAGCCUGGGGGCCGGGGAUGGAGGCCCUGUAGCCGCGUCCCCUGCCUUCAGCGGCCCUCCCGGACGCGUCCCUGUGCCCUCGGCGGCCCUCCUGGACACGUCCCCUGCCCUCGGUGGGCCUGGCCUGGGCAGGCUCCUGCUUGGCCUUGCUGGUCCCAUCUGCCCUGGCCUCAGUCUCACCUGGGAUUCCCCCCACAUUCUCUGCAGCGCAGCCCGCAGCCCCCCUGUUCAUGGAACUUGGAGUUUCAGGUGGUUUUGUUGGGGUCCAGUGUCCAGAUUUUUUUUUCAUUGUUAAAUGUAUUUUUACUUUCCAGCCUUCUGAUUUAAUAAAUGAUUCAUAUAAAAAUAGAGAAUUAAUGUCCUUGAAGACAAAAUUUACCAUUUUUUGUUCCCGAGUAUGUUUUAAGUGCAUAAUAUGCAGAGUUAAUGAAUCAAUCAUAAUAAAUAUAUUUACUUGCUAAUAAA